AUGGCUGGGCAUAAUGACGGCCCAAGGGAUAGCAUAGACAGCAGCCUUCCUCAGAUGGUAGACAUGGUGCCCGCUGAUGGCUCGCUGUUUCGUCCGCCUCACACUCGCCAAUCUUCAAACCCGAACGUGUUCUCCGAUGACUACACAAUCGACUCCGUUGACGCUCCUCUCUUUUCUAAUCACCGACGAUCCGCAUCUAUUUCCUCCCUAGACUCAGCCUCGACCAUUGAACCCCGAUACCACAACCUACCUAAACCAGGCACAGAGAGUAACAGCGCACGAGCGAACUCACGGCCCAAUCAACCCCCGGUAGUUUCUCCUCAGCAGUCCGAGGAAUCGUUGCCGCUGCAUAGGACUGCCAGUUAUCGCUCAGAGGCAUCAACCACGCCAGAUGAAGACGCAGACUUGGACCCGUUUACGGAUGAUCAGAGUCCGUCGCAUACCACCACCGCCGCCGCCGCCAAUCGACCAUCUAGUAUUCGAAAGGAUGUGACCUCAAUGAAUCGUCGGUCUGUCGUUUCGACAACCUCGACUCGAUCAGGGUACAACCCAUUGCCAAGGGCCAUGAGUCCUUAUCGUGGAGCAACUGGUCCCAGCCAUCCCUACGCAAUGUAUCCGCAGGUGGGUGUCAGUCGAGCAGCCAGCGUCGCUACAGUGUCAUCAAUACGUCGAGCCGACAGUCCCAUGAGAGGGCGAACGGCUCCCCAACAUCCCUACGGCAUGUAUCCGCAGAUUAUCGAUUACGAAGAAGAUCUAGGCGAUCAGCCAAUUCCAGUGGGGUUUUCUGCGGCGGGUGGACUGCAAUCCCACCAGGCAUCAUCCCCCGAGGCGGAUGACGUCGGCGAUAUCGUUGGGCCUGACGGCCAUUUAGAACAGCUUCCACCUUACUCCCGAUAUCCAGACGGUGUGGUUCGGCCAAUGACGGGUCGGGGCCCGGCUAGUAUAGCAAGUGAUAUGAGAGGGCAAUCGGAGAGGUAUCAAGACGAGCCUUCUGCUCCCGCUACCGCUACCGCCCGACCGGAUGCAUCUUCACGGACGUUAAUAAAUGUUGACUCCUCGGAACCACUGCAUCCAUCGACCAGUCAAUCUGACCGAUCGUCAACGUUGGUAGAGACCAUGAGCGAAAAGAUCAAUCGAAAAGGACGACAAAAAUGCUGCGGUGCUCCCAUAUGGCUUAUAGUCGUUCUGCUUAUGGCUAUGGUGGUAUGUGCUCUAUUAGGCGGUGUUAUCGGUGGUGUCCUCGGUGAGAGAGCUGCAACACGUCGCGCACAGAGUACAGGCACCGCUACUGCGAGUGUGGUGACCGUGACUUACACAUCCGACGUGUCCCCGUAUACUGCCACACCCACAGGGUUUGCGGCUCUGCCAACAGGCAACUACCAAGUUCCUUGGACUACCACAAACGUGUCUAAGUUUUGUAUUGGCGCAUCCAACCAAAUGGCGGCUUGGAGCUGCCAAGUGAUGGAUCCUCUGUCUAUUCUAGUUCAAGGAGUCAUCGAGGCUAGCAGUGUUACGGUUAAGGAGCCUGGCAUCCAAAAUGACCAGUUCAAUUAUGGGGCCCAACUACCAUACGACAUUGAACCCGCGAAACAGAAUCUGAGCAUGAUGAUCGAUAAGGAGGAUCCCCAGUUGGGACCAGCCCUCUUUUUUCAAACUUUGUUCAACAAACUCGUCAUAGUUGAAGAUACGCAAGAUAUACAGUCCAAGCGGUCCAUUAACGAGAGAGAUUCUGCGAAUAGUAAUGGAUUCGUGCAAGGAGAGAAUGCGGGCAACGGCGCGAAGCCUUGGUUCUGUUGGUGGAACCAAACGCAGAUAGAGACAUUUAUCUACAUCAACCAAACUCAAGACACGACAGGUUCUUCUUCUCCUUCUUCCUCCUCGACACAAGCCAUACCAGUAUCUACAUCUGCAGCUGGGGCAGGAUCGUCCAAACGAGAUACAACCAUUCCUGGUUACUACCCGAGAAAGGUCAAAAUCAAGGAAAACCGAGUCAACCCGAAUGCACCACAAGCUUAUUGUCAGCAGAUGCAAGUCAACUCUGAUAACAGUGUUACUCCAAUUCAUGGCCAGACCUUUAAGAUAAACGAGAGCAUCACAACACAUGCGUAUUCGCAGCAGUCUUCCCAAGUUCCAUGUUAUUGCGAAUGGUUGACCUAA